GUUCAAGCUGUGUGAAUGCUCUUAAGUAGCUAUAUAUAUUUGUCUCAGAUAGGGGUGGGCGAGUCGUGCACUCUCCCUGGGGGAGAAAGGAGUCAGCGCUGUCUUUUAUGAAGCGGCAAUAAAAAAAGCCUUUUUUCCUGAAUUGGCUCCUUCUGUCACGUUACAACAGGAGGAUUUUUUUUUCCUCGUUUGUUCUUUCCUCCAAGUUGCCUCUGGACUGUGGGGGCCGCUGCAGUUGUCCUCUAAACGCCACCCAGCCGCGGGGAUUUCUCCUGGGGGGGCCCGGAGCGCCGGGGGCCGGGCCGCGCUCACAUGACGGGCGGGGGCGGCCCCGCCGCUGCCUCCGGGCUGCCGGGACGGGUCGGGGCCGGGGCCGGGGCCGGGGCCGCUCCUCCGUCCGCCGGCGGCCGCGGCUUCCGCCGCCCGCUCCGCACGCUCCGAGCUCCCCGCCUCGCUCCUGCCCUCCCCUCUCUCAUCCCUCCCUUUCGCUUCGCCUCCUCCCCGCCGUGGCUCCCCGGCUCAGCGCUCCCUGGCUCGCCUCGUCCUGCCCUGCCCUGCCCUGCCCUGCCCUGCCCUGCCCUGCCCGCAGCGUGCCGGCGCGUCCCUCCUCUCCCUCCUCCCUCCCGCUUCAGCCGCUUUGCUGCCCUCCUCGCACCAGCGCUGGUGCCUCGCCCGCGGGAUGCCCCCCGCUCUGCCGCCCACAGAGCUGUACGCCUCGGAGCGGAUCGUCGUGCUGGCCUCCUGCGUGCUCUCCUUCCUGGGCUCCAGCCUCCUGGUCUGCACCCAUGCCCUGUGGCCGGAGCUGCGGACCCGUCCGCGUCAGCUCCUGCUCUACCUGUCGCUGGCUGACCUCCUCUCUGCCCUCUCUUACUUCUACGGGGUGCUGCAGGACUUCGACAGCACCUCGUGGGACUGCGUGCUGCAGGGCGCCCUGUCCACCUUCUCCAACACCAGCUCCUUCUUCUGGACCAUGGCCAUUGCCCUCUACCUCCACGUCACCAUUGUGAGGGGCUCCCCCACGGGCACGGGCCUGCUCUGCUGCUUCCACGUCGUGAGCUGGGGAGUCCCCCUUGCCAUUACGGUGGCUGCUGUUGCUCUGAAGAAGAUUGGCUAUGAUGCCUCCAACGUUUCUGUUGGCUGGUGCUGGGUCAACUUGGACGCAGAGGAUCGGGUCUUGUGGAUGCUAUUAACGGGGAAAGUUUGGGAGAUACUGGCCUAUGUGACUUUGCCGGUGCUCUACAUCCUCAUCAAGAAGCACAUUAAUAGAGCACAUGCAGCACUGUCAGAGUAUCGCCCCAUCCUCUCAAGAGCACCUGCAUUUCAGCCCCGGACUUCCAUAGCAGAUAAAAAGUUGAUUCUCAUCCCUGUCAUCUUCAUCAUCCUACGCAUCUGGAGCACUGUGAGAUUCAUUCUGACGCUCUGCAACUCCCCUGCAGUGCAAAAUUCAGUCCUUGUUGUCCUGCACGGAAUUGGUAACACGUUCCAAGGAGGAGCCAACUGUAUUAUGUUUGUCCUCUGUACGCGGGUGGUCCGGGCUCGGCUGUUCUCCUCCAUUUGCUGUUGCCACUAUGACAGCUUGAGGUGGCCUUUGCAGAGGUCCAGCAGCAGUCAGCAGCACCCAGAGCCCUGCAAGAACACGGAUGUGCCAGACUCUGCGCAGACGAGACCUCUGCUUUCCAGCACCUGAGCCUCGACCUCAGUGCUGAUUUCAUCUUUCUCGGUGCAGGAUGGUCCUGGAGUGCCACAGAGGGAGCUGGAGCCUGGGGAAAAGCUCUGCUGGGGUGACUGAGCAAGCAGAAGAGGUCCCACUCCUCCCUGGCAUUCAGAUCCCAGCUGCUACAGUCUUGAACUUUGCUCAGGAUCCUCUGGAAGAUUCUGUUUGGUGACAUGCCAACUUCCCGGUUUUCUUCUCUCUCCUCCUUCUCUAUCUCCACCGUAAGAAAUUGUUUGGGGUUUUGCUUUUCUGUCCAACAAGGUGUUCUUUCGAGUUCCUGGGAGAGCAAAUACCACGGUGACAGAAAAAAUUUAGCAUCUGCUGUACAGGACUGUCCUGGGCAUGGAUUUGAAUCCUGGUGCAAGAGGUCUUCCAGGGGGCUCUGGACUGGCUCCUGUUCUUCACUUGAAUGUGGACAGUAGUCUGUAAACGUGUUUCCUGGUGGGGAUGGACGAUUCGUCUUAAUGUUUUGCUGCUCCUCCUUGGUGGUUGAGGGGUCCUCAUCAGUGUCUGUGGUGGCAGCAUGCUUCCUGCCUCCUGGGGAAAUCUGAACUCUGUGGACUCUUGGUGCUGAGAGAUACUUAGGUGCACCAGGAGAGCCCUCACCAGCAGCAAGGUGGUGCCUGGCGUGUGCUCUGAACUUCAGGCGUCCUCUGCCAAAGCACAGGCUGUGGGGUCUGGUCCACAGGGGCAGUAAACUGGAGCUGGGGAGGGGAUGUUUUCGUUGGUUUGCUAGUUGGAGAUGCUCUUUUACCCUGUUUACAGCUCCUCACGCUAGUUGUUUUUAAAUAUUUUCUCCAACUUUGACAAAAUAAAGCUUUGUUUCUUUACUGA